UCCUCAUUCAACUGUCAAUUGUCAUAGUCACGACAGACGUGAGUGCGCGCGCACGUGUUUCUUUCGCGCGUAUUUUUUUUAAUACUGUUUAAGUUUGGUUUUUGUUAAAAAUGGCGCUUCCACUAAUGCAUUUAUUUGCUGCAAUUUUGAAUAGUUAUACGCUGUGGUACGAUCAAAAAUACAUUAAUGUGAAAUUUUCGGAGGGAUUAGACAAUUAUCCGUUUAGGAAUCGGGUACUUUUUUUAACUAUGUGGAAUCUUGCACUGCAAGCCGUUUACAUGACAAUAGCAUUUCUGAACGAUCUCGUCGGAACGAACGCAGCGUCACCCAAGAAACCGCCUGCGAUACGAAAAAUUAAGGACGCUCUAUUCAGCUUGGCGUAUCCCCUAGCCGUCUAUGUCUCUCUAGCUUUCUGGGGAAUUUACUAUGUUGACAAAGAACUGAUAUUCCCAGAGCAUUUAGAGAAGGCCUUCCCUCCAUGGGUCAACCACGUCAUGCACACAUUAGUGUCAGUUUUUAUUAAUAUUGAAAUGUUUACAUCCCAUAUUAAAUACCCGUCUAAUUUUAUAAAUCUCUCGUUAAUUCAUGUAUUCGUAGUUUCUUAUAUUGUUUGGAUAUUCAUCGUGUAUGGGCAGAGUGGAGUUUGGGUUUAUCCUGUGCUUGGUUUUUUGAACUGGCCAGCUAGAUUAUUCUUUAUAUCUGGAAGUAUUGUUGUAGCUAACAUCCUUAAUAUAUUGGGCAAGACGUUGAAUAAACAAUUGUCGUUUGUUAAAGUGAAGAGUAAAUAAAUUAAAAAAAAUAAUAAUGUUAAAAU